CUUUCGUUGCAUUUGUCGUCGGUGGUGGUUUUGGCUAGAUUAAUUUCCGCCAGUCGUCGUGAAUUGUUCACACUCGGCCUCGAAUUCUUCAAGUUGUCAGUCGUAUUUUGGUUAGAAGUGUUGAUGAGUGGAAGUUUGCUGCCUUUUACCAGUCGUAGGUCUUUUCUUGUUGCUAUUUUGCGGCGAAUUUUGGUAGACGGUUGUGGUUUGGUAGGGACAGUUGGGUUUCCUGGUUAUCACUGA